UGAUUUAUGCUGUCAACGUCAGUUUUUAUUACCGUUGUUUUUUCAUUUUGAUUUGGUGGCAUUUUUGAGAAAUUAUAAAUAAACUUUAAUAUUUUUUUGUUAGAUUUCUUAAUUAGAAUGUGCUGAAGAUUUAUAUUGAAUAUUCAUGAGAAUUCCAAUAUGGGUGCAAAAAGCGAACAUUCUACAAAACAAUCAUCAAAUAAAAUAUGGUGGAUAACUUUUGCAGUAAUUUGUACUGCUACAUUCACCACCAGAUUUUACAAAGUCCUAGUACCAGACCAUGUAUGUUGGGAUGAGACGCAUUUUGGCAAGAUGGCCAGUUGGUACAUCAAUAGAACUCUAUUCUUUGAUGUUCAUCCACCUCUUGGAAAGAUGCUCAUUGCUCUGUCAGGGUCACUGACAGGAUAUGAUGGGAAAUUUCCCUUUGAGACACCGGGGGACAAGUAUGAUGGCGCCCGAUAUGAAGGCAUGAGAAUUUUUUGUACUGCACUGGGUGCAAUGACUGUGCCUCUGACAUUCCUGACUUUGUGGGAAAUGACUAAAUCUCUAGAAGCUUCUUCACUUGGAACUAUGUUAUUGCUAUUUGAUGUUGGCUACCUCACACUCAACCGAUAUAUAUUACUGGAUCCGAUAUUACUCUUCUUCAUGAGCUGUUCUAUGUAUGGAGCUUUUAAAGUGAGAUCGCUAACAUCAGACGGGGAGCCCCCACUCUCCGUUCGCAUGCUGUGCUGGCAGGUGUUCCUCGGCACCUCGCUGGCCUGCACCAUGUCCGUCAAGUUUGUUGGACUGUUCAUGGUGAUGUUUGUGGGGUUACGGACCAUAGCGGAUCUGUGGGAGGUGCUUGGCGAUUUGAGUCAGCCUGUUAAGCUGACAGUGAAGCACUUCGUGGGUAGAAGCGUGACACUGAUCGCGUGGCCGCUCACUCUUUACGUGUUCUUCUUCUGGAUACAUCUUGCCGUUCUCAACAGAAGCGGCAACGGCGACGGCUUCUACUCCCCCGGCUUCCAGGCCUGCCUCCUCAACAACAGCCUGCACAACGCGACGGCGCCGCGUCAGCUCGCGCACGGAGCCACAAUCACGCUGAAGAACAGCCGCGUGGCGGGCGGCUACCUGCACUCGCACCAUCAUCUGUACCCGGCGGCCGUGGGCGCCAGGCAACAGCAGAUAACAGCAUACACACACAAGGACGAGAACAACCGGUUCAUCAUCAAGCCGUACAACAGGGAAGUUGCGGAAGGAGAAGUGACUCUAGUAAGGAGCGGGGAGCUGGUCAGACUCACGCAUGUAGCCACGGGGCGGAAUCUGCACUCACAUAGAGAGCCCGCGCCACUCACAUCUAAACUAAUGCAGGUCACUGGAUAUGGUGAGGACGGCAUAGGCGACGCAAACGACGUAUGGCGUAUCAUAGUGAACGGUGGUUCAGACGGAGACACCAUACAAACAGUCUCCACACGUCUACUCCUAGUCCACUACCUACAGUCUUGUGCCCUGACUUCUACUGGCAAGACUUUACCUAAGUGGGGUUAUGAACAACAUGAAGUGGCUUGUAAUCCGAAUCUCAGGGAUAAGAAUGCCUUGUGGACCGUUGAGGAGAAUAUCUUUGAUGCGCUGCCAAAAGUCUCCACCUCGGAAUUCCAAGCCGGUUUCUUCGAGCGUUUCAUCGAAGCGCACGCGGUGAUGUUCCAGGGCAACGCCGGCCUCAAGCCCAAGGAGGGCGAGGCCGCCAGCCAGCCGUGGCAGUGGCCUAUUAAUUAUAAGGGUCAAUACUUCUCCGGUAGCUCCCACCGAGUAUACUUACUCGGCAACCCGGUGAUCUGGUGGGUCAACCUGGCCUUCUUGAUGGGAUAUGUCGUCAUCUUCAUAGUCAACGCCGUGAGAGACAAGCGCGAUGAAGCCUUGGGUGUUGUGCGUGAAGAAUCCCCCUCCCGCCUACUCCUAAACGGCAGCGGUUGGUGCUUCUUAGGCUGGGCACUACACUACGUCCCCUUCUGGACGAUGGGCCGCAUCCUCUACUUCCACCACUACUUCCCGGCGCUCGUGUUCAGCUGCAUGCUCACAGGUACCCUAAUUGAAUACUUCCUAUCGUCCAUCAAGAGCUACCUUCAGCCCACAGUCGGGACGGCAUUCUACCAGGCGACCAUAGGGCUGGUGGUGUGUGUCACUGUUCACAGCUUCUAUAUGUUCGCCCCUCUAACUUAUGGCAUGAAUGGACCAAUGGCUAAUGAGCCGAACUCUACUAUGUAUGGCCUGAAGUGGUUGGAAUCGUGGGACUUUUAGAUGUAAGUUUGCAGGGUGUAGGCGGGAUAUUA